UCGGCACGUGACUUGUUUCCAGUCGGUGUGUUAUUGUUGACGGACGUGCGUCACUCCUUUCGGCAAACAAGCAAAAUAAGCGAUCAGUGUGCCUGCUGCACCUGCCGGGUGGUCAGGCGUAAGAAUGGAGUUUGCAGAGUUGAUCAAGACGCCCCGGGUGGACGGGGUGGUCCUCCAUCGGCCCUUUAUGCCCACCGUGGAGGGAACCUUGUGCCUGACGGGCCACCACCUCAUCCUCUCCUCCAGGCAGGACAACACGGAGGAGCUGUGGCUGCUUCACUCCAACAUUGACUCCAUAGAAAAGAGGUUUGUAGGUUCUAUAGGUAGGAUCAUAGUCAAAUGUAAAGACCUGAGAGUGAUCCAGCUGGAUAUUCCUGGUAUGGAGGAGUGUAUCAACAUUGUUAGCUCGACUGAGGCCCUCUCGACACUUGAUUCCGUCUCCCUGAUGUACCCUUUCUUCUACCGGCCCAUGUUCGAGGUUAUCCAUGACGGAUGGAAUUGUUUCCGUCCUCAAGAUGCUUUUAAAGACCUUGAGUCCAUGACCGAUGAGUGGCGGCUGAGUGAAGUCAACAAGGACUUCAGCGUGUGCCCAUCCUAUCCUCCCCUGCUGGCGGUGCCCAAGGGCAUCGAUGACGACUCGCUGAGAGUGGCGGCAUCGUUCCGUCACGGCGGCCGCUUUCCCGUGCUCAGCUACUACCACAAGAAGAACGGCAUGGUGAUGAUGCGAGCGGCUCAGCCUCUCACCGGCACCAACGGGCGGCGGUGCAAGGAAGACGAGAAGCUCAUCAACGCCACCCUGAGGCCAGGCAAGCGCGGCUACGUCAUCGACACGCGCGCCAUCAACGUGGCCCAGCAGGCCAAAGCCAAAGGAGGAGGCUUCGAGUCCGAGGCCAACUACCCGCAGUGGAGGAGGAUCCACAAGGCCAUCGAAAGGUUCGGUGUUCUGCAGGAAAGUCUGAUCAAGCUGGUGGAGGCAUGUAACGACCAGUCGCACAACAUGGACCGCUGGCUCAGCAAGCUGGAGGCGUCCAACUGGCUGGGCCACGUCAAGGAGAUCCUGACCACCGCCUGCCUGGCAGCCCAGUGCAUCGACAGGGAGGGAGCGUCCGUCCUCGUCCACGGCACAGAAGGCACCGACUCCACUCUCCAAAUCGCCUCCUUGGCUCAGAUCAUCUUGGAUCCGGGCUGCAGGACCAUCCGAGGCUUCCAGGGCCUGGUGGAGCGGGAGUGGCUCCAGGCGGGUCACCCCUUCCAGCAGCGUUGCGCCCAGUCGGCCUAUUCCAGCGGCAAACCUCGCCAGGAGGCUCCCGUCUUCCUGCUCUUCCUGGACUGCGUGUGGCAGAUCCUCCGGCAGUUUCCCUGUUCCUUUGAGUUUGGCGAGUCCUUCCUGGUGCUGCUUUUUGAGCACUCGUACGCUUCCCAGUUUGGCACUUUUCUGGGCAACAGUGCGGCAGAGAGGGCCAAACUGUCCGUGUCUGACAAGACGGCGUCGCUGUGGUCGUGGGUGAAUCGGCCGCAGGAGCUGGAGCGUCUGUGCAACCCGCUCUACGAGGCCAACGGUCUGGUCAUCUGGCCCUCGGUGGCCCCGCAGAGCCUGCUGCUGUGGGAGGGAGUGUUCCUCCGCUGGAACCGCUCGUCCAAGUGCCUGGACGAGGCCCACGAGGAAAUGGUGCACAUCAUCGAGUACAACAAGGAGCUCCAGAAGCGGGUCAACCUCCUGCGCCGGCAGCUGGCCCAGUUGGAGACGCAAGAUCCGCUCCUGCAAACGCCCUAGAAGCGCCCGCCGGCCGGCCCGCCCGCCGGCAGGCAGGUAGAAAACCAGACGCGCCUCAUCCACUUCCAAAUCAAUGCGAUUGUUUUAUGUUGACGUCACACGGCUGGCUGCUCUUUGCAUUGCCGUUCAUUUGCUCGCGCCGAACAUUCCUCACACGACAGCGGACGGACCCACAUAACCUGUCUGUCCUACAGAACGUAAAGUAGUUGCUGCGGGGGCACUCCACUGGUCACCAUAGCAACCAUUGGCUGCCAUAAGGCAGAAGAUGACUUAUUGCGGCGGCAACAUAAGCGUAGCGAGCGUAGGCGGGGUCAGUGAGUGGGCGCUUUUACGCUUCAUCUUGAUUGUCCAAAGUUAAUCGCAGCCGCUACUUCACGUUCGGUGUUCUCGUCACAUUGUCGAGUCACUCGUCAUCUCAUCUCAGAGCAUCGCUGCAGAACACUAAUUUGUUUGACCAAUGCAGGUCAUGGAGAAAGAAGAAAAUGUGAUUAUUUUCCAGCUAUCUUAUUUUUGUUAUGGUUUACCGUGCAGCUUAAAGUUGAUUUGAAUUGCAAUCGUGCACUUCAAUCCUCAAAUAUGGUGGCAUAACAUUCCGUAUGUAUUCCUGUGCUUAAAAUUCAAAUUGUAUGUUUCCAGUUCCCACACGCACA